UGCUGGGCCUCGGUCAUGCUGGCCAACGGGCGCGAGGAGGUGGUCAAGUCCUGCGUGUCCCUGCCCGAGCUCAACGCCCAGGUCUUCUGCCACAGCUCCAAGAACAUCACCAAGACCGAGUGCUGCUACACCGACUUCUGCAACAACAUCACGCUGCGCCUGCCCCUGGCGGCGGCGGAGGCUGCGGGCCGUGCGGGGCGGCGCCCGGCGGCGCUGGCGGCGGCGGUGGCGGUGCCGCUCUGCGCCCUGGGGCUGCUGGCCGGGCUGCUGGUGGCCACGGCCCGGGGCCGGCGGCGCCGCGGGGCCAAGCCGCCCAACGUGGAGGAGCCGCUCUGCGAGGGCAGCCUGGUGGGCUCCGGGAAGACGCUGAAGGAUCUCAUCUCCGACAUGACGACCUCCGGCUCCGGCUCCGGCCUGCCUCUGCUGGUCCAGAGAACCAUCGCCAGGACGAUUGUCCUGCAGGAAAUCGUGGGAAAAGGACGGUUUGGCGAAGUCUGGCAUGGGAAAUGGUGCGGGGAGGACGUGGCUGUGAAAAUCUUCUCCUCCAGAGACGAGCGGUCCUGGUUCCGGGAGGCAGAGAUCUACCAGACGGUCAUGCUGAGGCAUGAAAACAUCCUGGGCUUCAUUGCUGCUGACAACAAGGAUAACGGGACGUGGACUCAGCUCUGGCUUGUGUCCGAGUACCACGAGCAGGGCUCGCUGUUCGACUACCUGAACAGAGGCACGGUGACGGUGCAGGGCAUGGUCAGGCUGGCACUGUCGGUGGCCAGCGGCCUGGCCCACCUCCACAUGGAGAUCGUUGGCACGCAAGGGAAGCCAGCGAUCGCACACCGGGAUCUGAAAUCCAAGAACAUCCUGGUGAAGAGGAACGAGACCUGCGCCAUCGCCGACCUGGGGCUGGCGGUGAAGCACGACUCGGUGCUGAACACCAUCGACAUCCCCCAGAACCCCCGCGUGGGCACCAGGAGGUACAUGGCCCCCGAGAUCCUGGACGAUGCGAUGAACACGAACAUCUUUGAGUCCUUCAAGCGUGCAGACAUCUACUCCCUGGGGCUGGUGUACUGGGAGAUAGCCCGGAGGUGCUCUGUUGGAGGAAUCACUGAGGAGUACCAGCUGCCUUACUACGACCUUGUGCCUUCUGAUCCUUCCAUAGAAGAUAUGAGAAGGGUUGUCUGUGAACAGAAGCUCAGACCAAGUAUUCCAAACCAGUGGCAAAGCUGUGAGGCGCUGCGGGUGCUGGGCCGGCUGAUGCGGGAGUGCUGGCGUGCCAGCGGCGCCGCGCGUCUCACCGCGCUGCGCGUCAAGAAGACGAUCUCGCAGCUCUGCGUGCCCGAGGACUCCAAAGCCUGACAGCUCCCGCGGGACGAGAGGGGAAGGCGUUCUGCUGGCCGUCUCUCCACGUGUGAUGGUGUUUUUGUUUCUGGUCUACCUCAGACGACGCGGUUCAGCGCAGCGGUGCCCGGGGCAGAGCACCGAGCUCGGGUGCUGUGUCCGGCCGUGGGACCAGCUCGGGACUCAUAGCUCGGGUUUGAUACAGCAAGUCCGUGACUUGCUUUGGCUUUUUUCUGUAAAUCAGACCCCAGUGAAUCGCAGGAAGGAGCUUAGCAUCAUGACAGUGUAAAAAUACCUUUUGCUGUUGUGCUCUUCAUCCUUGUCAGACCCCAAACGUCCUGGGCGUGUCUGGUGUUGGUUAAAGCCUGCUUGUGAGAGAAACCUCAUGUUCUGUCCUCCAACCAAGUA